GAUACCGCGUGCACAAACGCAUGACUCUGUGAGCGAUAAUUUAAGUGUUUCGAUACCCAGUGUUACAAUUAUGAGUUUUCGUGGACGAGGAGGUCGCGGUGGAGGUGGAAGAGGAGGUGGCUUUAGGGGACGAGGUGGCGGAGGCUUCCGAGGCAGAGGAGGUGGUGGCGGAGGUGGUUACAACGAAGGACCUCCUUCAGAAGUUGUUGAAAUCGGAAAGUUUUCCCAUGUAUGUGAGGACGAUUUAGUCUGCAAGUGUUCGGUUGAAGAAAAAGUACCUUUCUUUAACGCAGGAAUUUUCUUGGAAAACAAGCAGCAGGUUGGAAAGUAUUUCUCAGUAAAGCUUACUGGUGAUGUCAAAGCUUCUUCCUUCUCAGAGAAUUCAAAGUUCUUCAUCGAUCCUUAUAAACUACUGCCACUUGGUCGAUUUCUCCCAGGAGCACAAUCAGGUAGAGGUGGAGGCGGAGGCAGAGGCGGCGGUAGAGGAGGUCGUGGUGGCCGAGGCGGAGGUCGAGGAGGAGGCCGGGGCGGAGGCGGUGGUUUUAGAGGUCGUGGCGGAGGCAGAGGCGGACGUGGUGGAGGAGGAGGUUUCAGAGGUCGUGGAGGAGGAGGUUUCCGAGGACGAUAA